CAGACCCGGAAAUGGAGUCGUCUGCUGUUACCAGAUACCAAGACAUGCAACUGACCUGCAUGGGUUUACUUGCUUUCACCCUUUAUUGCAACGAAAAUGAAACGCAGGACUUUCCUCCAGUGAUAAUGGACACCUUAACGGGAUUCCUAAAUCGCGGUUCAGGCACACCGAGGUCAGAGUUCAACAUGCCUAUUCAGUGCGAACCCGUGUCGUAUGCUAAUUUCGUAUUGAAACACUGUAAUAUAUUUAAAUCUUGCGAAAUUGUGGAAGAGACUGUAGACAUAUGGGAGAAAUUUGCAAAACCAGUCGAACUUUGGAUCACUGACAGAUGUUCAGACCAUCUAAACAGCAACUCUGAGUGGGACCUUCCUAUAGCACCACCGUGUAAUCUGGAUAAUAUCAAAUCACAGCUAAAAGAAAAACAUAACAGGACUUAUGAAGAAUUUCAUAAUUUUAAUUUUGACAUGGAUGAUAAGUUCCAGACCGGACUAAAGAGUAUUCUUCGCCACUCAUCUCCAGAUAAAACUAAAGAAGAAGCAAUACUGGAGGCAAAGAUAUUCUACUAUAACAGAUUUCAUCAGCAGGUUUCACUGGGAAACUAUAAAACUUGGCUUGAACAAAGAAAAAGUGAAACGCAGUCACAAUCAGCGCUUCAGACCAAGGAAACUAAGUAUACCCAUCAAGUAGAUGAAUAUACAGAUUCUGGAGCCAAUGGCACAACCGAUGCAGAUGCUGCAGGUCCACAGUAUCCUUCAUCUUUUUUUGAUUUGUUACAAAAGAUAGAAAAAGGAGAACCACUACCUGGAGUAGAGGAGUUGAAUAUUCAACCAACAAAUACACCAGCCACAGAAUCGUCAUUAGCAACCAAAAUGAAACCAUGGGAACAUUGAAUCGAGG